GAGAGAGAGAGAUAGAAAUAAGCGUGGGAGUCUGGUUGGGAAAAAAGAAAGCUAUCAGCACCCAUUGGGUGGGUAGGCCAAGCCCCACCCACCCUGUCCCUCCCCAGUCCCCGCCUGCCUACUUGAGUCGAAAGCUACUCCCUUACGAGCUCAUGACAGCUCAGAUGUUCACCCACGCAAAGCCGGCAGAAGCCAGACACACUUUCGACGCUGGGCGACUCACUCGGAAGCAAGCAGACUUCUUCGCACCCAGCCAGGGAUGGGAUGGGGCAGGCUCCGUCCUCAGAUACACCAGCCCAGAGUUGUCACAUCUGGGAACUCCUGAGCUGCAGAGGAAACAGAGCCUCGGACGCCUCUGCCUCGGCUUAGCCCCUCUUCCUGCUCUCUGACAUUUCUAGAGCUGGGAGGAACAGAACCCAGAACCAUCCACGCAGUCCUUUUUGGAGGGAUCCCAGCUCCACCUGCUUUAGCCAGGGGGCAUGACCUUGUCCUGACCCUAACCCCGGAACACCGGCUGGAUUCUUGCUCCGUAAUCUGCUGGACCCUGAUGUCUUCUUUCACAGCUUCUGGGAACAGGACUCCAGGCUCGCCUGUUGCGACGAGGGGCUGCCCUCCAACGUGAAUUAAUUGGGGAUUGAAAGCAGCAGGAGGAGAAGGAUCUGAACCCACCAUCCGCCUCCUUCCUUCUCGGAACUCUGAGGCCUCACAUCUGAGAACAAGAAGUCCCAAAGCUUCCCCCUUUCUCCUCUGAGACCUCCAGCCCCCUCUCCAUGCCAAUGCAAGCGCCGCAAGCAAACCUGACCCCUCCGGAGGACUGCAGCAGCCUGACCCGACUGCAGAAGGACGGCAACCCGGGAAUGAGCUCCUUCAUGUUUGCAGCAGGGGUGGUGGGCAACAUGGCCGCCCUGGCCAUCUUGGGCUUCCACCGGAAGGAGCUGCGGACCAAGAGCUCAGCCUUCUGCAUCCUGGUGACUGGCCUGGCCAUCACGGACCUGCUGGGCACAUGCGUGGUCAGCCCCGUGGUCUUUGUGGCCUAUUCGCGAAACGCCACCGUGCUGGGCCUGGCGGACGGAAGGAACUGGCUGUGCAACCUCUUUGCCUUCUCGAUGAUGUAUUUUAGCCAAGCGGCCAUGCUUAUUCUCUGCACCAUGGCGGUGGAGCGGUGCCUAGCUAUCAGCUACCCCUAUUUCUACUCACAGCACAACAUCCGCCGGUGGGCUAAGCUCUCUCUGCCCGCCACCUACGCCUUCAGUGCCCUCUUCUGCGCUCUGCCCUUCCUGGGCGUUGGGAAGUACAAGCAGUACUGCCCGGGCACCUGGUGCUUUGUCCAGAUGGACGUGGAGCUGACGGGGGGCGACCGCAGCAAGGCGGCCUUCUCGCUGUCCUACGCCACCCUGAUGGCGCUGCUGAUCCUCGCCAUCUUCGUCUGCAACGGCCUGGUCAUCAUCAGCCUCUGCCAGAUGUACCGCAAACAGAGGGCCCGACGGAGAGGCUCUAUCAACGUGGCCCAGCAGCGGCGGCGCAAGAGCUGGCUCGGCCAAGGCGAGGAGGAGGUGGACCACCUCAUCUUGUUGGCCCUCAUGACGGUCAUCUUCGUCAUUUGCUCUUUGCCCCUCACGAUCCGGGCUUACAUUGGGGGCAUCAAUCCUGACCACAUCGAGAAUGAGGACAUGAAAGCCUUCCGAUUCAGCGCCUUCAACCCCAUCGUGGACCCGUGGCUCUUCAUCAUUUUCCGCAAAACCGUCUUCCGCAGCAUCCGGAACUUUUUCUACUCCCAGUUCUGGUGGCCCUGGUGGUCCAGGACGCAGAAAGCAUCUGCCACGCUGGGGACGCAGGACGGCAUCCCUUUCCAAGACUAUUCCGCCUGCUGAGAGCCAAAGCCACCCUACGGACGGGGUGCUUCCUGGCAGUGGGCGCAGAGGGACGGGGUGACGACUCAGGGGAGGAGCUGAAAUGAGGUCCCACCUGCAGAACAUCUCAGCAAGGAUCCAGGAACUGGUGGGGUUAGGUUGGAGCAGGUGCGGGUGGUGGUGAAGGAACAGGUCUUUGGAGGGGAGAGAUUCUUUUCCCCUACAAUGGCAUCCCCCAUAGGGAAAUUUCCAGGAGGACAUGGGAAGUGGCCAAUUGGUCCGUCUAGCUCAGGAAUGUCUCUACACUGAUUGGCAGCUGCCCUCCAAGGUUUCAGGCAAGAGACAAUUCCAGCCCUACUGGGAGAUUCUGCUGCGGAGUGAACCUGGGACCUUGAACAUGCAAAGCGGGUGCUCUAUAUCAGGGGAGCGAUGACCCUUUCCAUAGGGAUGCUCUGCUUUGCGUUUCCUCAUUGGUUAAAGAGGACGGGAGAUCAGAUUAAAAGGGCGUCUGUAAUUCAACCACCAAGAGGGCAAAACAGAGGAAGAGGAUGGAGAGAGAGAGAGAGAGAGAGAGAGAGAGAGAGAGAGAGAGAAGAUAAAUGUGACUGUAUAGCAUUGGGUUUGUCUGCAUGUUGAGCAACCUGUGCCAGUCCCAGCUCUGCCUUGUUUGCUAACGUACCAAAACGGAUAACGGAUAUUAAGUUUGUCCAGUUUCACGCUUCCGGCGUCGAUUAGCGCACAGGGUUCGAUUGUGAAGCUUUACUGUGAAUCUUUGAAGGUGUAGAAAUAAAAAGCUGCGAGUUUCUAUCCGGCACGCCUGCGUGGCUGUACUUUAAAAUGCACACAGGGCCUGGCGAGUCUGCAGCUUAACUC